AUGGACUUACUCCAAGUUUUGAAUGGCAGUCAACUGAGGAAGCGACUGCGUAAGGGGACGGAAGUAUAUGGCAAACUGAAAAUCUCAAAGCAGACGGGAGAAAAUGAAGUAUUUAGUGCUACGGAGAUUAAUGCUAUCGAGGACAUCAAUAACGAGCCUGAUGAUGGUGGUAGAACUCCUAUGGUAUCACUCAAGACUAAUAUGAAUAGAACAAAACCAAAAAAAGACUUUAAACUAGUGCAAGACCUGGCUUUGAACAGAAAUAUAGACUCCCUUCUUAUAGAAAACCCUUUUCCGUUGUCAGAAGAUAAUCCUAUGAGAGGUGAAAACUACCCCACCACCACCACCACCACCACCACCACCACCACUGUGAGCAAUCCUGGCAACUCUCUAUUUGCAAGGAUGAUGGCAGCGAGCCGUGAGGUAAAAUUGGCAGAAAAAGCAAAAAAUAGUAAACUUUCUUCAGAGCUGCGACGACUUGAUCAAGACAGACAAAUGUACGAUUGUACAUUUGUUGACUUGGAUACAGCUCCUACCAGCAAACCAGGUAGUCUAUUAAACACGAUAUAUGACCCUCAUGGUGCAGAUGAAGAAAAAAGUUAUUUUGUUUCCCUUAAACUAGAUAUGAACAAGAUUAAUAAGUCAAAUUUGAAUGCGGUGUUGGGGGAAACACGAGAGAUUGAUGCGGCAGAUAAUACAAUGACAACCGUAGAAGAAGCAAAUAUCGAAAAGGCAAAAGAAGAUGAAGCUUGGACAGAUUCUUCUGGUAACUCUUUAUUUGCAUGUGAGAUACGUAGUGGUGCUAGUGCCUUAAUCAAGCAAGCACUGUCGCCAAAAGUGAAUAACAUGAAACCUCAAAAGUUUGAAUCGAGUGAGAAUUUGUUAUUUAGAUAUGAUGGAGACUACCAGAAGACAUUAAUACUAGAGAAAGAUACCUCAAUUGACUUAAAUACAACUGAAAAUGACGACGACAAUGACGACGACCUGUCUAAGAACAAACCAACUUUUUUUGUAACACUAAAAGUAAACUCAAAUAAGCACAAGACCAAUGAGAAUGGAGCUCAGAGACUGAUACCUAGCAACUCAAUAUUUGCCAGUAUGAUGGCUGCCAGUCGAAGCUCUGUAAAUACAAAACCAUCAUUACAAGGGAAGAAAACAAAAACUGUCAACUCCCAACUGAACGGGUUUCCACAAUCAUCUCGAGAUGAUCGAUCCCCAAAAAGAAUUAACCAGGAAAAGAUUGAAGAAAUCGAUUCUUCACGGAACAUUCAAAACAAGGACAAUACAAAUACGAUGGAAAACAAUGUUUCUCAAGAUACACAAAAGGUGUCUUUAUUUGCAAGCAUGAUGUCUGCCAGUCGAAAUGCUUUCAGGUUGAAUCCUCUCCAAAAGCUUAAAGAAUUGGAGCCUCCACAUCUCAAACCAACUGAGUUUCUAAUAUUAGAUCAUCAGAGGCGGCCGUCUCCUUCUCUUGUUGGACCUACUAAACAGAAACGCAAAAAUGGUGUUUUUAUUGAGGAAUUUUCCGGAUUAUGCCCCUCAACAGGUACGAAGACACCAACUCCAGAAUACCUAUAUGAAAUAAAAGAUGAUGAUCUCGCUGAUUGUGCGUUGAAAAAGUUACCAAGGUUGCAAAAAUAUCCUCCGUUACGAGCUGUCUUUGAUUUGAUAGGACAACAGAAUAGCAGCGAGUUGUGGGUUAACAAGUUUCAGCCGGUACGCAUGGACCAAUUGCUUAUCCACAAGGAGAGUAUUAAUCAAGUUCGCAAUUGGAUUGGUAACUCGUUUCUCAAAAUGAAGAGUCAGGCACCUGUUCAAGGCGUCAAUAGAUAUUUCAAAACAAAACAAAACAAUUCUUUUAUAGUAUAUGACGACGAGGAUACGGAAGAUGAAGGGUACCUGCCGAUAUUAAUUCUUCAGGGUUCUUGUGGGUCAGGAAAAUCAACUGCUGUCCAUACUGCGAUGAAGGAACUAAAUGGGUAUGUUCAUGAAAUUAACAGCGGCAUGUCUAGAGGAAGAAAGGAUAUUUUCAAUGAUUUGAAAGAGCUUUGCACUACGCAAUUGGUACAUGACACCAAUGGGUUCCAAAAGGGAAUAAUUUUAUUCGAAGAUGUUAAUGUUCUUUUUGAACAGGAUAAAAGUUUUUGGACUGUAGUUCAGGAUCUUAUCAAGGUUUCUAGACGACCCAUUGUUAUCACGUGUGAAGAACUAUGGAACAUUCCAAACACUUUAGUUCAGUGUGCACUAGAGGAUGACUCGAUCAUUUAUUUAGAUGACUUUGUGGUAUCGAGAAAAUUAGUUUUGGAUUAUUUGUGGUUGUGCUGUUUGGUCAAUGGAUUUGAUGUUGAGGAUGCUAUCAUUGGACAAAUCAUUGAUGAAAACUGGAACGGUAACAACUAUGACUUAAGAAGGUCUCUAGCCGCCUGUGAGAUGAUGUGCAAGGUAGAGAGACGAGGCAAGUUGAUAGUAAUCAAAAAGAAUAAACCUGACCUCAAGAAUUUAACUUCAACUUCAACUUUAGAUUCAGCUUCCUCCUCCACCUCUGCAACAGCAGCAGCAACAGCAGCAGCUUAUAAAGAUGAGCUCCAAGCCAUGAGCAUCAGGUUGGAUUUGAAAUCGUGUCUCAGUUUGGUAAAAGAGGAACAUAUUGACACUUUUUGGUUUUUGCCAAAUCUCAACCAUGAUAAUAAUAAUUAUGAUAAUAAUGAUAAUAAUAAUAAUAAUAAUAAUGAUGAUGAUAAUGAUGAUGAUGAUGAUCCUGUACCCAAGUUUCAUUUCAAUAACGUCAAAUUUGAGUACUUUAACUUCAUUGAAUCUAGGUCCAGAACCUCGCGUGCUUCAAGUUUUCCAAAGACAAAUUGA